AUGUUUUCAGAAGUACCUGAGAUCGUCGAGACUCUUAUUCCUGCGUUGCUCGCUGUCCGUCCUAAGAAGUUCACUCCAGAAAUGUAUGACCCAUCAGUCGCGUGGAAGUUGAUGCACGCUGCCGCGCUCAUAGUCAUGCUUCUCGGCGGCGAAGACCCCGCAUUCUGGAAACACCUAUUCGAGGUUGACAAUCCCGAGAUGCCUACUGGAGUACGCGUUGCUCUUAUUGAAUUCUAUAUACGUCCGUAUCAAGCUCUGCUGGAGUACAGCAAGAAUAGACGCCCCCAUAAUUUGAGCGACGAAGGGGAAGACACAGUGGACGAAGAAGAAUCGCCCCUCAAUGCCAAAGGAUCGGCCAUCACCGAUUUUCUUUUCAGCACAGGACCGCGCCGCGACACAAACAUGAAGGCACCAUCGACCCAGGGGACCCGUCCGGCGGCGAGAGCCAGCAAUAACUGGAGCGGCUCAGUCAACGCGUCGGCCCACCACCCCGUAUAUGAGGCCAACCGUGACUCCGGCAACGUAUUCAGCGAUGACAACCAGCAACAAUUGGAGCUCCACAUCGACACAGUCAACGUACCGUGUGUUUCCGUCCAGCAGCCCAUUUAUGACGUCAACGGCGGCUCAGUAUAUGCGUCCGCCGUAUCCAACCAUUUCGUAUUUGGGGCCAAUGGCGGCAACGACCAGCAACAACUGGCGGUCCGCAUCGACUCUGCCUACGCGCCCUGUGUUUCCGACCAGCAGCCCAUUCAUGACGCCAACGCGUCCGACACGGACAGCAAAACACAUCGGAAGCAGAGAGCGUCUCAGUCAAAGCGCCGAGUCGAGGCGGUAGUGCCGCUUCGCAAGCAAGCCUUGAAGGCUGCAGCGACUCAGUCGAUGCGCCCGGUGGUGCCCGCAUCGAACGCGUCGCAGAGCGCUUCACCCCUUGAAAACAGUCAUAUUACCCUUGGUACGAGAAAGACGGUCCAGUCAGGAACCCUUCUGGCCCGACAAAUAUCAGAGAUAGGGAUCUCGACCCAACGCAGAGAAAGCUCGAUUAUUCCUGCGCGAGGGAUAGCAUUCGAAGAGAAGCAGGCAUCGCAAGACUCAGUCUUCUCAGCUUCUGUCCCUUCCACAUCGCGCAAGCACUCCCUUGAGGGCGAAGACAACGAUAGCCCCAGCAUUCAUCUCUCAAAGAGACGCCACUCAACAUUAUCGACGUCGAACGUGCAGCCUAACUCAGCCACUGAUGAUGGGGAAGAACUUGAUCCACGCAGACCAAAUUACGAAGAGAUUGAUGAAUUCCUAGACGCAGUGCUCGAGUCGCAUAAACGCAAGAAACUCCCGCGCUCCAGUCAUCAGCUCGAAGAGUCUUCUUCCGCAAGCCUCCAGCAUCACAUCCGGGAGUCGAUCAGCCAACACUCCCCUGAAUCUGUGGUUGCCGGGAAUGAGAUCCCGUGCCCACAGCAGCUAAUAUCAGAUGAGGAUGCAGAAGAUGCAGCGCGCCAGUAA